AUGGCCUACAACAGAUCCUACAACCCAGAUGAGCUGCCCAGGUUUGCGGAGCCAGAACAAAAAGGACCAAGGUCGCCCACUGGACAGGCCCCCCCUCCAUCCUCCCGAUACGAGAACAAGCCACCCCCGCCUCGCCCGCUCGAGCACAAAAACUCACACUACGACCGCUACGACCAGACCGGCCGGUUGUCCCCACGACACGCCCCGCCUCCGGACCGAUACGGCGGCAUGAGCCCCCCUCCGACAGCUACCCAGGGACGCCCGGUUCAGCAGACCCGUCCCCCUGCCAGCUCCCGCCCACCCCCGAGUCCUGCCCCGCGCGAUGGCGCCGCUGACCCAACCUUGCUCCCUCUCUUCCGGGCCGUCGACAAGGAUGGCACCGGUCAACUCUCGGAAAAGGAGCUCUCGGCCGCCCUCGUCAACGGCGACUGGACCGCCUUCGACCCCCAAACCGUCCGCAUGAUGAUCCGCAUGUUCGACUCUGACCGGUCAGGCACCAUCGGAUUUGAGGAGUUUUGCGGGCUGUGGUCCUUCCUCGCCUCGUGGCGCACGCUUUUUGACCGGUUCGACACGGACCGGUCGGGGAACAUUUCCCUGGAGGAGUUCAAGGGCGCACUGGUGGCGUUUAGGUACCGCCUCAGCGACCAGUUCAUCAAGGUUCUGUUCAAGACGUAUGACAAGAGGGGGGAGGGGGUGAUGAGCUUUGACUUGUUUGUGCAGGCUUGUAUUAGCCUGAAGAGGAUGACGGAUGUGUUUAAGAAGUAUGAUGAGGAUCGGGAUGGGUAUAUCACGUUGAGCUUUGAGGAUUUUUUGACGGAGAUAUUGAGGCAGUUGAGGUAG